AUGAACUGCGUGUCAGAUUUCUUCACCUACGAGACCACCAAGUCGGUGGUUGUGAAGAGCUGGACCAUUGGGGUCAUCAACCGGGCAGUCCAGCUUUUGAUCAUCUCCUACUUCGUGGGGUGGGUUUUCUUGCACGAGAAGGCUUACCAGGUGCGGGACACAGCCAUUGAGUCCUCGGUCGUCACCAAGGUGAAGGGCUUUGGACGCUAUGCCAACAGAGUCAUGGACGUGUCUGAUUAUGUGACCCCACCCCAGGGCACCUCUGUCUUUGUCAUCAUCACCAAGAUGAUAGUCACUGAAAACCAGAUGCAAGGAUUCUGCCCAGAGAGCGAGGAGAAGUACCGCUGUGUAUCAGACAGCCAGUGCGGGCCUCAGCGCUUCCCGGGUGGGGGGAUCCUCACCGGCCGCUGUGUGAACUACAGCUCUGUGCUCCGGACCUGUGAGAUCCAGGGCUGGUGCCCCACCGAGGUGGACACAGUGGAAAUGCCUGUCAUGAUGGAAGCCGAGAACUUUACUAUUUUCAUCAAGAACAGCAUCCGUUUCCCCCUCUUCAACUUUGAGAAGGGAAACCUCCUUCCCAACCUGACAGCCGCCGACAUGAAGACGUGCCGCUUCCACCCUGACAAGGCCCCCUUCUGCCCCAUCUUGCGGGUGGGGGAUGUGGUCAAGUUUGCAGGGCAGGAUUUUGCCAAGCUGGCCAGCACGGGCGGAGUCCUAGGCAUUAAGAUCGGCUGGGUGUGUGACCUGGACAGGGCCUGGGACCAGUGCAUCCCCAAAUACUCCUUCACCCGGCUCGACAGCGUCUCGGAGAAGAGCAGCGUCUCCCCAGGCUACAACUUCAGGUUUGCCAAGUACUACAAGAUGGAGAAUGGCAGUGAGUACCGCACACUCCUGAAGGCUUUUGGCAUCCGCUUUGACGUGCUGGUGUACGGGAACGCUGGCAAGUUCAACAUCAUCCCCACCAUCAUCAGCUCUGUGGCAGCCUUCACGUCUGUGGGAGUGGGGACUGUCCUCUGUGACAUCAUCCUGCUCAACUUCCUCAAGGGGGCCGACCAGUACAAAGCCAAAAAGUUUGAGGAGGUGGACGAGACAAUGCUGAAGGUCACUGCCUCGGCCCACCCAGUGUGCCCCAGCGACCAGACCACCGAGGAGAAGCAGUCCACGGAUUCGGGGGCCUACUCCAUCGGCCACUAAGGCCUCUUCCAGGGCCCCAGGCUCACCCUUGGGCUCCAGGCCUCCCGAUAGGGCAUCCCACCCGGGUGAGGGAGGAUGGAAAGGGGCG